AUGGCAGCAGUAGACGACGAUGGAGCAGCUCCCUCCUUCUCGGAGCCGUUGGAUCUGGUUCGCCUGUCACUCGACGAGGUCGUGUUUGUGAAGUUGCGCGGGGACCGCGAGCUCAAGGGCCGGCUUCACGCCUAUGACAGUCAUUGCAACAUUGUUCUCGGCGACGUGGAGGAGACCAUCUAUAUUGUUGAAGAAGAUGAGGCCGGAGAAGAGACCAUUAAGGUAUAUAUCGAACCCACCGCUAGAGAAGGAACGGAAUUAACUGUUUUUACAGACAAUCAAGAAGCAAGAGGAAAUGCUGUUCGUCAGGGGUACGUCGCGUUAUUCCUUAAUUUUCUUUUCUUUUUUUCUUUACUUCUCGACUCGUUUCUGAUUCUAUGA